GUCUCAAACGAAGCAGCUCCACUCUGACUACUUCCUUGUACCCUACGCUGCAGAUUAAAAGUUUGAGGGUGGGAGUGACCAAAAUGUGAUGAACUGCGAGAGCUGAGAGGCAUCACACACUGCAGAAUCACCAACUGUUUGCAUCGGAGCUCAAACUAGUUUCCGUUAUCAGGAAGUGAAACCCAGACAGUCGUUGACACGAAGGAGGGAAAUGGCAGAGAAAGGAGCUCAGCCGGACCGAGAGACUUACUCUUGUUCGAUCUGUUUGGGUCCACUGAGGGAGCCGGUGACUAUUCCCUGUGGACACAACUUCUGCAUGAACUGUAUUAAAAUCCGCUGGGAUAUAGAGGGAAAGAAGAAAACCUACAGCUGCCCUCAGUGCAGGCAGAGCUUCACACCGAAGCCUGUCUUGGUGAAAAACACCAUGUUAGCAGUUUUACUGGAAGAGCUGAAGAAGACUGGACUCCAAGAUGCUCCUGCUGAUCUCUGCUAUGCUGGACCUGAAGAUGUGGCCAGUGGUGUCUUCACUGGCAGAAAACUGAAAGCACUAAAGUUCUGUCAGGUCUGUUUGGUCUUUAACUGUGAGCAACACCUCCAGCCUCACUUAAAUUCUCCUACCUUUGUAAAGAAAAAAAACAAACAGAAGAAGCCGCCCAAGAAGCUCCAGGAGAACAUCUGCUCUCGUCACGAUGAGGUGAUGAAGAAGUUCUGCCGUACUGAUCAGCAGUGUAUCUCUGAUCUCUGCUCUGUGGACGAACAUAAAGGCCACGACACAGUGUCAGCUGCAGCAGAGAGGACUGAGAGGCAGAGAGAGCUGGAGGGGAGUCGACACAACAUCCAGCAGAGAAUCCAGGACAGAGAGGAAGAUGUGAAGCUGCUUCAACAGGAGGUGGAGGCCAUCAAUGGCUCUGCUGAUAAAGCAGUGGAGCACAGUGAGAAGAUUGUCAAUGAGAUGAUCCGUCUCAUGCAGAAAAAAUGUGCUGAUGUGAAGAAACGGAUUAAAUCCAAGCAGCAAGCUGAAGUGAGUCGAGUCAAAGAGCUUCAGGAGAAGCUGGAGCAGGAGAUCACUGAGCUGAAGAGGAAAGACGCUGAGCUGAAGAAGCUCUCACACACAGAGGAUCACAACCAGUUUCUACACAACUACCCCUCACUGUCAGCACUCAGUGAGUCUACACACUCAUCCAGCAUCAACAUCCGUCCUCUCAAGUACUUUGAGGAUGUGACAGCAGCUGUGUCAGAGCUCAGAGACAAACUAUGGAAGCUUCUGAAUAAGAAAUGGACAAAUGUCUCAUUGUCGGUGUCUGAAGUGGAUGUUUUACUGUUACAACCAGAGCCCAAGACCAGAGCUGGAUUCAAAAGAUAUUCACAGGAAAUGACACUGGAUCCAAACACAGCACACACACAGCUGUUAUUAUCAGGGGGGAACAGAAUAGCAACAGUAACAAGUAAACCACAGUCUUAUUCUGAUCACCCAGACAGAUUCACUGAAUGCUAUCAGGUCCUGAGUACAGAGACUCUGACUGGACGUUGUUACUGGGAGGUGAAGUGGAGAGGAGGAGGAGGUUAUGCAGCAGUCGCAUACAAGAAUAUCAGCAGAGCAGAAAGCUGGAAUGAAUGUGCAUUUGGAUGCAACGCUAAAUCUUGGGCACUUUUUUGGGACAAUACAGGCUACACAUUUUUGCACAACAAUGUCCACACUCCCGUCUCAGGUCCUCUGUCCUGCAGAGUUGGAGUGUACCUGGAUCACAGUGCAGGUAUUCUGUCCUUCUACAGCGUCUCUGAAACCAUGACUCUCCUCCACAGAGUCCAGACCACAUUCACUCAGCCGCUCUAUGCUGGAGUUCGCUUUUAUUAUUCCUCCGGGAACAAAGUUGCAAAAGUUGAGUUCUGUACAGUCAAAUAGACAGAAAUUAUUUAAGGGUCAGUGAGUUAAAUUCAGAGUUUUAACUCUUAAACAUAUUCUGUCUUCAUGUUUGUGGCUGAUUGUUGUGUGGUGUCUUCACCUGUCAAUCAAACAUUGUGGGUGGUACUUUGAGAUCUUGUCAUCUGUUGUUGUGUAAAUGUCUGAGUGUCUUUAGGUGGCGCUCCUUCCUGUGUCUGUUUAACCAUGGAGGCUCUCACUGCUCAUGAUGACUUUUGUUCAGCUGAACUGACAUUUGUCUGCAUGAAGAUAUAAACUUCUCUGAGCUCUAAAUGUGUGUUGAAUAUUUGUACUGAUGUGUUUGCAUGUUGUUGUUUCUCUUCCACUGCAUGAGUCUAAAGAGAGAAAGCAGCAGAGCUUCAUUCAUCCAACAUAUUCAGUUCUCAUCACUCUGUACAGUUUUAAAUUCACCUAGAAUCACAUUUACAUUUAUUUGCUUGUCAGAACAAAAGCUGUUGUUGUUCCGAUCGUCACACAAAUUCAAUAAUAUGUGACGAAGAUCAUUUAUUGUGUUCUUGUACGUAGCUGAGAUUCAAACAAAGUGAUUGUGUGGAUGAAGUGAAAUCAUUGAACAGACUUUACUGAUGGGACGUGUGAACAAACUGAAGCUUUACAUCAUGAAUAAACCAACAUGAACAAAGUC